CACAAGAGUCAGAACAAUUGGCAGCAACUCUGGUUCCAUUUCUUCUUGAAGACCUUUCCACCAGUUGAAAGGUGUGAAUGCAAUGGCGGCUGACCUCUCCAUUGAGGAACGAUACAUCCAGCAUCAGCGUGGCCUUUUCGUUUCAAAACAUGUGUCUGCGGCCUACGUGCCAGCGGUGAUGAGUGCCGCAGUGCCAAGGGGUCCUUACCAGGUUCGUGCUCCAGAACGACCAGACCAAAGUUUGCAUGUGGUGGUGCAGAGCCUUCAAAAGCAGGUCAAUGAACUGCAGACAUUGGUCCGUUCGCUACAACAUCAGGCGCCGAGCGAGAUGCCCACGGAGCCGCUGGCGAAAACAACAUCGCCACCGUUGGCAACGGUGGCACGGACGCCUUCCGAGGAGGAACUGCUCCGACGUCAUCGGGAGCGCCGGGCACCUCGGGCACCUCGGGCACCCGAGUCGAAGCCCCGGGAAGAGCUGCGGAAGG